AAGACUUCAUCCUCUUUCACCUACUGUGCAGGAAGGAUAGCCAGCUUCUUCUGACAAUGCUCACAGAAAAGUGCUUGGGAUUUGUUUAUUCUGGACUAUGUCUUUGGGCAUCCUUGUUCCUCUCUUUUUUUAAAGUCUCUCAGCAGGGUGAAAGCCAGAGACGCUUGUACAGAGAACUGCUGAGAAACUACAAUCGUCUUGAGCGACCGGUAAUGAAUGACUCCCAGCCCCUUGUAGUUGAGCUCCAGCUUUCUUUGCUGCAGAUAAUUGACGUGGAUGAGAAGAAUCAGGUGUUGAUCACAAAUGCUUGGCUGCAAAUGUACUGGGUUGAUGUUUACUUGUCUUGGGAUCAAUAUGAAUACCCAGGGGUGCAGAACUUGCGAUUUCCAGCUGACCAGAUUUGGGUACCAGACAUUCUUCUGUAUAACAGUGCGGAUGAAAGAUUUGAUGCGACAUUUCACACAAAUGUGCUGGUGAAUUACUCUGGAUCCUGCCAAUAUAUUCCUCCAGGCAUUUUGAAAAGCACAUGUUAUAUUGAUGUCCGCUGGUUCCCCUUUGACGUGCAGAAGUGUGAUUUGAAGUUUGGCUCCUGGACUCACAGUGGCUGGUUGAUUGACCUGCAGAUGCUCGAUGCAGAUACUUCCAACUACAUCUCAAAUGGAGAAUGGGAUUUAGUGGGUGUCCCAGGAAAGAGGAAUGAGAUGUACUAUGAAUGCUGUAAAGAACCAUACCCAGAUGUCACAUAUACCAUCACCAUGCGCCGACGCACUCUCUACUAUGGCUUGAACCUACUCAUUCCCUGUGUUCUCAUAUCUGGCUUGGCACUGCUUGUUUUCCUUUUACCAGCUGAUUCAGGGGAGAAGAUUUCUUUAGGUAUCACAGUCCUGCUUUCCCUGACUGUAUUCAUGCUGCUUGUGGCUGAGAUCAUGCCUGCAACUUCUGACUCAGUCCCACUAAUAGCUCAGUAUUUCGCGAGCAUCAUGGUCAUUGUUGGUCUGUCUGUGGUGGUAACAGUGCUGGUUCUGCAGUUUCACCAUCAUGACCCGCAAGCAGGCAAGAUGCCCAAAUGGGUCCGUGUCAUCCUGCUGAAUUGGUGUGCUUGGUUUUUACGAAUGAAAAAACCUGGGGAAAAUAUAAAGCCCCUCUCUUGCAAAUAUAGCUAUCCCAAGCGUCAUCUGAGCGUAAACAGCAUUGAGAUGAAUGUCCUCCCUGGGCACCAGUCCAGCAAUGGCAACACAAUCUACAGCUACCACACGAGGGACAAUCCAUGCUGCCCCCAGAAGAAUGAUUUGGGUAGCAAGAGUGGAAAGAUCACUUGCACCUUACCAGAAGAUUCUGAGCUUGUUCAAAAGAAAGAUUUAAUGGAUACUCUGCCGGUGAUCGUGAAGAUUCUGGAGGAAGUUCAGUUCAUAGCAAUGCGAUUCAGGAAACAAGAUGAGGGUGAAGAGGUCUGCAGUGAGUGGAAGUUUGCAGCUGCUGUUAUAGACAGAUUAUGCCUGGUUGCAUUUACCCUUUUUGCCAUCAUUUGCACAUUUACAAUACUCAUGUCUGCUCCAAAUUUUGUGGAAGCAGUUUCAAAGGAUUUUGCAUAAGGAUUUCAAGGAUGAGCAUGGUAAUUUAAGAGUGAAUAUUGCCAGUAAUUUUGCUAGGUAAUUUAACUCAGAGAAGUGUACUUAUAUGUGCUAACAUACACAGAAGGGGAUGAAAAUUAUUUCAGGAGAUAAUUAUUCCUGAUGUUAGUGAUUGUAGAUACUGAAUAGUAAACAUGUUGAGCUUUGUUACUUACUUCAUAGACUAGUUACACAUGUAAUUAUGUCAUGAUCUGUGGCAAAUUAUAGACAAGCAUUCCAAUCUGCAAUAUAUUUAUUACAAGUUAACACUAGUAUCAAUGUGUUACUAUGAAAUUGUGAAUUUUUAGAUAUUGUUAACAAUUUACAUGAUCAGUUAUGUCUAUAAGAUUUACAGCAUUUUGUUGUUUUCAGGAUAUUUGUGGUUUGUUAUUUUUGUUUAGUGCGGCUGUGACAUUCACUUCUCAAAUUUGACAGAUGUAUCUCCACAGUCUUAUAAUGCUGUAUAGUGCA